UUUCUUGCAAUCAAAGCCGCAAAAGUAAACGCAGGGAAACGUCGUGACGAUUAAAAUUUCGUCGAGUCUCAUCGGGUCACUGUUUCACCAAUCGGAGAGGUGGGUAUUCACGGAAUCCUAGAUUUGGAGCAAAACUUUAUUAGUCUCUUGUUUGGAUUGUAUUUGCUUUGGGGUUUAGAUCUGUUGCUUUGUUCUGGCGGAUUUUCUUUUUCUUUUUUUUUCCCGGUCGGCAUUUUGAUGGUGGAUUCUGUGAGAUAGCUUGAGCGGAAAUCUUCUUGGGUUUUGGUCUUUGCCUGUAGGUUUUGGUUUUUGAAUUGCUUCAUCUGAAAUGGUCGAUACGGUGAUGGUUGAUGCUUUUUCUGUUCAUGGAUCCAAGGAGUUGGAAAUGAAAGGGGGAGAAGGUGAAAAGAAAGUGAAGAAGCAGUUGAAACGGAAGAGGGCUUCUGUUCUCGAAAAUGUGAGCUUAGAGGGGAGGGAGUCUAUAAUCGAUGCUCUGCGACGAGAGCUUGAUGGGUUGUUUAGGUAUUUCAAGGAAGUUUCGAUGCAAAAGGUCCAUUUGGAAGAUAGUAGUAGCUGUGUGAGUAAUUCUGUGAUUGCUUGUUUGCUUGAAGAGAGGGAUAUUCCGUUCUCUAAGCUGGUGGAGGAGAUUUAUGAGAAGCUGAAGACGAGAGAGGGGGUUACUUUGGCGUCUGUGCGUAGUAUGGUGCUUUUUGUUGGGCAGAGAGUGAUGUAUGGUGUUGCUAAAGCUGAUGCUGACGUUUUAGAAGACAAUACAGAAUCGUGCCUCUGGUGUUGGGAGACUAGAGAUAUGAAGAUAAUACCCAAGACCUAUCGUGGAAUUUUGGGCAUUAGACGUACUUUUCGGAAGAAAAUCCACGAGAGGAUUUCUGCUGUUUCAGCUAUGAUCUCUGCAAUUCAAAUGCCAGAAAGCCAUCAGAACUACAGAAAUGAAUUAUCGAAAGCAUCAGAUAAGCUUGGUAAAGCGUUAAAUGAAGGAGAAAUUCGUUCAUUUGUGUAUAAUAUGGUGCAAAAGAACAACUCAGAUCUGGCUGAGAAGGAGGCCAAAUUAAAAGAGAAAGAGCUUAUCAAGGAACUCGAAAGAAACAAACGUGAAGCUGAGAAGGAGAAAAAAAGAAUAGAUCGUGAAAUCCAGAAGGAGAAAUGGCAAAGUGAAAAAGAGCUUAAGCGGUUGCAAGAUGAAGCAGAGAAAGAAGAAAGGCGUCAUGAGAAAGAGGAAGCUGAAAUGAAGAAACAACUUAGGCGGCAGCAAGAGGAAGCUGAAAAAGAUCAACGGCGGCAGCAAAGGCAAGAAGCUGAACUGAAAAAGCAACUUGCCUUGCAAAAGCAAGCUACAAUCAUGGAACGCUUUCUGAACAGCAAAAAGAACACUUCACCUAACCAGGAUCAAUCUUCAACAAAGGUGAUAGUUUCUGAUUCUUUAAGCAAAAGAGAUGAAGUGAUGCCUAAUGCAGUUACAUUAUCAAUGGACCAUGCACUAUCUCUGCAUGAGAAGAUGAAUGCUGAUGACCUUCGCAAGUUGCACCUGAACUCUUGGCAUCAGUUUGGUCAUUCUAUUCAUUCCAACAGAUCCCAACAUUGGGGCAUUAGGCAUAAGCCUAAGACUGUAUUAUUCAAAGAACUUAAACUAACAUCUAGUAAAGGAGUUGUCCGUGGUGAUGAUUUGAGCCUAGAGAAACUUGUAGAUGGUUGGGAAGAAACUGCUCCUGAUGAUAGACCAUGCCAAAACAAUGCAGAUGCUUCUUCAAGUGGCAUCUGGAAAUCUAGGAGGUCUAGGCAACUCUUGCAGUUUGACAAGAGCUACAGGCCAGCAUUUUAUGGUAUUUGGCCGAGGAAAAGCCAUGUUGUUGGGCCACGCCAUCCCUUUAAGAAGGAUCCAAAUUUGGACUAUGAAGUUGAUAGUGAUGAAGAAUGGGAGGAGGAGGACCCUGGUGAAAGCCUCUCAGAUUGUGACAAAGAUGAUGAAGAGGAUUGUUUAGAAGGAACUCUAAAAACUGAUGAAGAAGAUGGAAGUGAAGAUGGUUUCCUUGUACCUGAUGGCUAUCUUUCAGAAAAUGAGGGAGUGCAAGUUGACAGAAUGGAAUCUAAUCUUGUAGAUGAUGAAGCCAGAAGUCCCCCUAGUAAGCAUGAUGCUGAAAAUGAGGAAUUUCGAGAAUUGUUUCGGCAGCAGAAGUAUCUGAACAAUUUGACUGAACAUGCUCUUCGGAAGAAUCAGCCCUUAAUUAUAUCAAAUCUGAUGCAUGAAAAGACUUCAUUGCUGAUGGCUGAAGAUACAAGUGGUGCACUUAAGCUUGAAAAUAUGUGUUUGCAAGCUCUGAGUAUAAAGGCAUUUCCUGUGGUGCCACCUAUAGAGAUAUCGUGUGACAAUAGCACACUGAAUGUGGAUCAAGAAAUUUGCCAUAUGCAAAGUAAUGGCAGUAGUGCAGCAUCAGCAGAUGCAGCAGAUAUUCUUGAAGCAGAAUUAUCCAAACUUGUAUCUGCCAUCCAGUCAUCUCCACAUAGGAUCAGUAAACUAGUAGAGUCCUUGCAGCAGAAAUUCCCAACCGUCCCAAAGUCCCAAUUAAGGAAUAAAGUUCGUGAAAUAUCAGAAUUUGUGGAUAAUCGCUGGAAGGUUAAAAAAGAGGUUUUGGGCAAGCUUGGCUUAUCUAUAUCCCCAGAGAAGAGUAGUGGGAAGAGAAGGGGUAUUGCCUCCUUUUUUUCGAAAAGAUGUCUGCCGCCCGCUAGUGAAACUAUCAACCAUGAAACUUCGCCUCAGCCUUGCAAUAAAACAGAGGUUCACCCUGGACAGCAAGGAUGCAAAGAGACCAUUUUGUAACCCCUUCGACGAUAGGAAAUUAUAUUUUCUUUUGGUCAGUCUCUUUGUGAUGAUAGCAUACGAGUCAUACACGACGAAAUUCAUGCUCAUAUUUGAUUGAUGUAACGAGGGUCUCUGUAAGUAUUGCUAAUUUACCAUGCCUCCAGGGGGUCUGUACUAAUUUACAGUGCCUGAGUUAAGGUCUCAAGUGGCUGUGUAUUUCAUCCUACAGGCUUUGGUUCUUAUAAAAUUGGGAGAAUUUUUGUAGCUUGGAUUAAUUUGUAUGGCAAAAUGUCAGUUUUUAAUUUUCUGAUCAUCUAGGUGUUAUUUCUAAUGAUGUUACUCCAAAGUGUUGUAAUUAUGCUUGGCAAAAUCGACAUUGUACACAAUGAAUAUCAAGGUUUAAAGCAUUGGAAACUCUGUAAAUGGGUACAUCUUUUUAUGUGAUAAA